AGCAUACAGUAAAAAGAUGCCGUUCAACAAAACUAUUGCUAGUGUUACUGCAAGACUAUGGUAAGAUGUAAAGCUAUAAUUUUACACAAACACCACAUUGAAACAGCUUGUCACAACAUCUUCCCACUGUACCUGAACGCACCGUGAUCGCUCUCAGGCGACGCGACGUAAAUAGACUGACGAGCUAACCACUGCGAAUUUGACGUUUCUGGCCAUGCCCGGGAAGUGCAAGUUCCAAGAAUCCUGGCUCUCCAAGGAGAUCUAUAAAGAGUGGCUGCUCAGGGACGCCCAGGACAUCCACUUCGCCCGAUGCAAGGCGUGCUGUAAAUCCAUUAAACUUCAGACUAUGGGCGAGGCUGCCCUCACCAGCCACGCAGGGGGACUUGGCCACAAAGCGGCGGUGCGCAAGCUUGUGGAAGCAGGCAACUUGAGGAUAGUGAACGUCACCGGGCAUAUUCAUGACGGCGUGAGUCAGGCUGAAGACAACAAGGAGCACGUGGCCGUCUACCGGCAGCAUCACAACUUUGACAGAGUAGCAGACAAUUUGCACCAGAGCCCCACGGAAAACGCCAGAACUUCCCAGAAUGCCGAGCUGCAGGAGGCCUCUUUUCCCACCGCCUAUUUCACAGUGACAGGCACCCCCGGCUUCCUCAGCCAGCGUCUGGUGCCAUCGGCGGGCAGCAGGUCACACGGUGCAGAGCGCCACCUCCUGGAGCACCAGAAGAGGGCAGACGCCCUGGAGCAGCAGCAGCAGAUGAGGCUGCUGGAGUGGGAGAGCAGGAUGAAGGUGCUGGCGUGGGAGCAGGAGCUGGUCAGGGAAAAGACACGAGCCGCUCGCCAAAAGGAGAAAGCCUUCAGGAUGAAGAAAAACUACUACAAGGCCAAGCUAAAGAGAAUGGGAGAGUACGUGCCGCCAUCUUCUCCAGAAAGCAGUGACAAUGACAAUGUGGAGAGAGGUCCCGAUCUAAUGAGAGCCUAAUUUGGAAUCUUACGACAUUUUGGCCCGAACUAUUUCCAUUUCUGGUUUUGUACUUACUGUACAUGCUUUGUUUAUUCAGCAAAGUAGUUUUCCCAUUGCGAUAAGAUGUUGAAUGUUGAAAGAGACCACCCCACUUGCACUUAAAAUAGUGUUCAACCACAGAUACAGAGAGGAACACAUACUGUAUACGUGCGUGUGUAUAUAUAUAUAUAUAUAUAUAUAUAUAUAUAUAUAUAUAUGUACAUAUACACUAGUGAUGGGACACCGAUGUAUCGGCGCAUGCGUCGAGCUCAUAGAGCAAAACCCUGUGUCGGUGCGCGUACCGCUUUUAGAAAGUCACGUGACCGAUCAUGAGCUGAUUCGGUCACGUGACCGAUACGUAUCGAACUGACGCCUGCGCGCCAAACUGUGUUUAUAAGGAAGCGCAUCUGUCAACGAAUGGCCGCACUUCUGUCGUUGGUCAUUUGUCAUUUAUCGUUGUCGGAGAUCAUGGAGCAGCCUCAGGCAAAAAGAAAGAUUUCCACCAUGUGGGAAUAUUUUGAUCGUAUAUCGGGAAAAAAAGGUAUUUGUGUUCAUUCCCUUGUCGUUUCAUCCUGUUCUCUCAAAGUUUCCGCUUGAUCUAUUAGAAUUCAAAAUGAUUCUUAGUUUACUAUUCAUAUUUUCUGCAGGUUAAAUGUCGCAUUUGUACGACAGAAUUGUCAACAUGAACAAAUCCACCUCCUCAAUGCUGUCAUCCGGAGAAAUAAUAACUAAGAAGAGAAAUCGUCUAAAAUUUAAUACGUUGGAAAAACUUUUUUUUUGGAAUACAAAUGUGUAAAAAAAAUAAAUAAAAAAAUUCCCAGUCCACAAGCAUCCUCCUUAGAUUUCCAUGUUAUGCAUACUUGCCAACCUUGAGACCUCCGAUUUCGGGA